AAAUGACACCGUUUAGAAGGCGAUUGCGUGCUGUGGAGCGAGAGGAGCUAGCGAGCUCGCUAGCCAGGCCAGCCAGCCAGGCAGGGGUAGGCAGACGGCUCCUUCUCUGGCUUUCUAGACCCUCGGUCGUUUGGAGUUGUUCCUGAGGGUUUGCUGUAGGUCAGGUGAAGGUUUACAUCACUGCUGUUGCUUUGUGUCGGCUGUCUCAACUCCGGAGUUGGGGGUCGUGAGGUUGCCGUAGGUCAGGUGAAGGUUUACAUCACUGCUGUUGCUUUGUGUCGGCUGUCUCAACUCCGGAGUUGGGGGUCGUGAGUUUGCCGUAGGUCAGGUGAAGGUUUACAUCACUGCUGUUUGCUUUGUGUCGGCUGUCCCGAAUCUCCCAGUUGUUUCCACGUACACCCUGCGUAGGUUGCGUUGCGCAGGGCCACUUGGCAGCGAUUAAACAAAUCUCUCUAUUGGAAAGCUCGAGCCGGACGUGGCAGAAAAGGUCGUUGGGGUUCAGAGAGUGCCAAACUUUCAUCCUCCUUCGAUCUCUUCGUCAAGGUAAAACGCCCAGGACGCCCUCGCGAGCAGAACCGCAACACCUGUGGUUGGGUGGUGGGGGGACGGUGAAACCGGCUGUCGAUGCGCCAGCACCUUCUGCAAGCGAUGGAACCUUCAUCUGGCGGGGCCACCGCUGUCGACCUCAACGGAACCACGACGACGCCACCACCAUCGCUGCUCAACCGCUCGCGGUGCCGCACCGACGACUCGUACACCUACCCCGUCUACGCGGCGCUCUACAGCCUCAUCGUGGCGCUCGGCCUGCCGGGCAACACCGUCGCCCUCUACGCGUUCACUCGCCGCAUCCGGAGCAGGGGCGCCGCUGUGCGCUACUGCACCAACCUGGCGUGCUCCGACCUGCUCUACAUCCUAACGUUGCCGCUGCAGAUCGCGUACUACCUGCGCGACGGCGACUGGCCCUUCGGCGACGCGCUCUGCCGCCUGAGCGUCUACACCUUCUGCGUCAACGUCCACUGCAGCAUCUUUUUCCUGACGGCCAUCAGCGUCAGCCGCUACAUGUCGGUGGCGCGGCCCGUGCAGCACUGGGGCGGCCGAGGCGGGCGGGCCAAGCGGACGUGCGUGGCCAUAUGGGCCUUCACGGCGCUGUGCAGCCUCCCUGUCAUGAUCACGGGCACCCACGCGGAGGAGGGCGGCCGCGUGCGCUGCUGGGACCAUGAGAGCGGUGCCGUCCACAAGUUCGUCAUAGGCUCGGCGGCGACGCUGGUCGGCUUCGUCGCGCCCUUCGCCGUCAUCGUCUUCUGCUACGUCACCGUCGUCCGCGUGCUCGCCGCGAGGCCGGCGGUGCGCGGCGGCGCCCGAGCAGGCGCAUGGAGGUCCAGCCGCAGGGUGUGGGCCCUCAGCCUCACGGUCGUCCUGCUCUUCCUGGUGCUCUUCCUGCCGUACCACAUCGUGCGCACCACCUACCUGUUCGCCGAGCUGCGGGCGUCGCGGGGCAGCCGGGUCGCUUGCGAGCAGAUCGCCGAGCUGAAGCCGUUCGUGGUGGCCACGGUGUGCAUGGCGACCGCCAAUGGCUGCUUCGACCCCGUCGUCUACUUCUUCUGCAGCAAGCACUUCCGCAGCUUCCUCUUCCGCCUGAUGCCUGACCCCUUCCCAUGGCGGUGGAGGCAGCGGCGGCGCCAGGCCUCGCAGCGCCAGGCAGCGCAUUGCCUCGACAGGCGCCCGCCGCCGCGACGGAUGUUUGCCGCUGUCUCGACGGACACCUCCGCGAAGGCCCCCGUCGAAGAUACGGAGACCGAGGCGUCCGUGCAGGAGCCUGCAACCACGAGGCCGAGGGACGUCGAGGAGGUCUCCUUGGAUGUGCUUGAGGACUGGCAGACAAAAUGAUGCUGUCUGCAGACAGUGAGCCCCCCCCCC